AUAUAUACUUAGCUGUUACCUAACUGAAUUCUGUGAGAAUUUGACUCUUUCUGGUUUUGCAAUGGCACAGCAUGAUGAUCAUCUCUCUGUUACCUUGACCAUUGUCGGUGCAAAGGUGGAACCCCAGAUCACAUGUCCCGUUUCCUCCACCAUUCUCGCCUUGAAGCAGAGGCUUUACACCCUCCUGGGAGUGGAUGUUGCAAGGCAAACUCUCAUCUUCGACGCAGAAGAGCUGCUGGACGAUCACCACAUCAAGGACUACAAUAUCCAGCAAUUUUCUGAAGUUGCUCUUCUCGUGUCACCAUACCCCAACGAUGACAAAUUCACUAUUCAGGUCAUGUCCUCCGCUGACUGCUCUGAAAAUGUCAAGGUGAGAGAAAGAAUGUCAGUGGCAGAACUGAAGGAGAAAGUUGAGAGGCGUUUUGGUCGUGGAGAGUGCACUGCUUUGACUCGACUUGGGAUGGUCAUGGAAGAUGGGGAUCCACUCUCUAAAUACUAUGUCAAUCCGAAUUCGCUGGUGGAAGUUAACUUUAACAUCGACCCUCGUUGAUAUUUAGCUUUAUAAUUAGGAAUAAUAUUAAUACAUAUUAUGAUUGAUAUACAUCAAUAAUGUAGAAGUAGUGGAUGUCUAAAUGAUGAUAGUAAUUAGUUUAUAAUAAUAAUAUCAAUAAGGUAGUUGAGUUUCUGUGCUGGAUUAUGUAGUAAAGCCUAAGAAAAUUAUGACAUUAUC